AUGUGCUGUGCGGGUUCUUACGAGGACUGGCGCCCCGACGCGUCCCAAUUCCUGGCCAGCGACAAGGGCGCGCCGUUGAGCGGCUGGCCCGGGGAGUGGUGGCUUGACGUCAGGUCCUCCAACGUCAGGAGGAUCAUGCAGCAGCGCAUCGCCAUGUGCAAGUCCAAGGGCUUCGUUGCCGUCGACCCUGACAACGUGGACGGCUACACAAACCCCAACGGCGUGGGCCUCACUGCCGCCGACCAGCUGUCCUACAACACGUUCCUGGCCAACGAGGCGCAUGCGCAGGGCAUGGCCAUCGGUCUCAAGAAUGAUCUUGACCAGCUCACCCAGCUGACGCCCUACUUCGACUUCUUUGUGAACGAGCAGUGCAACCAGUACAGCGAGUGCGGGAUGUACGCCCCCAGCAAGGUGGCCGGCAAGCCCGUCUGGAACAUCGAGUACACCUCGACAAACUUCAACAAGGGCUGCCCUCAGCAGGCCACCAUGGGGAUGCGCACAAUCCUCAAGCUCAAGCCUCACGUUUUCGCCAUACACCGAGUGCUCAACUAA